UCAGCCUGUCAGCCUGAUCUUGACAGUCAGAUAAUUACAUUACAGAUCUGACGUAACCAUUCGUUCUGCAUAGUCAAUAAACACCUUUGACUAUGGUAUCGAUUGACUUCGUGUACAGUUGUAGUCUUCUGGAAUUAUUGUAACGGUAAUAUCCGCAUGACGACGGGGCAUCCUUCAGAACCUCUGUAAGCGAGCUGAGGGCUGAAUGGCGCCAAGAAGAACUACACUGCUGUGUGACCUUGCAGUGACACGUAAACUGUAAGUCUUUUCAUUGGUGGAGAUAACCAGAUAUUACAGAUGUCGAACAAUUCAAAUCUAAACAAUGAAAGUCCAAAUAGCAGAGCUUCAGGACCGAGCCCUGGGAAGAAGAAACACAACAUGGAAGGUGUUGUGUCCCUAGAACUGACGUACCGCUUCAUGGCGGACCUAAAGAAGAACAAGCAGAAACGGGAAGCUUUCUCUAUGAUAGACCUGCUCAACACUCAGCUCACAAAUACAAGGAUAAAGCAGAUUGAAAGAAUUGAGCAAACUCUUAUUUGUCAAUGUACUGAAAUAUGCAGCAGAUAUGGAAACAUACCCAUAGACGAAAUGUACACUUUUGGCACCCAAACGUUCACUUUAGCCUUGUUCAGAAGAGAAUUAGUGAACAAUAAUAUCGAAGUUGAUAAGCCUUUAACCAAAUUUGAUGAGGAAGAGGUUGCAUCCCAUGAGAUAGUGAGAUGUUCACCCGAUGUAACGGUUGCCAAUAAAGGGGAGAAUUUUGACGAUCUGAACAAAAGACAACAGCAACGACGCCUGGCACUGAUCAAGAAACGGUCGCAGAAGAGUCUUACCUUCCUCUCCGAGUAUCAGCUUUCCCCCAAAGCUAUCGUUAUGACUUCGCCCAUAGGCAAAGAGUGCCGAGUUUGCUAUGACACCGAUAGCCAGAAACUGAUGAAGUCUGACAACCUUCGCUCUGUUGUUGGUAUCAUGGACAGGUUUUGUAUAAGUGAGGCUGCUUAUCACGAAAUUGCACAAUUAUAUCCGAACCUACCCCGCACACAUUCAGUUAUCAAUACCCGUCGCGAAAUGACUGCUACCUUCAAUAUCGAGCGAGUACCGGGCGAUGUCAAUGGAGCAAGGAUUAGCUUUAGAUGUGAACUUCACAAAAAGUUACAAGACGUCUUGAAAGAAAAUCCCCAACAGAAUAAAGUCAUGGUUCAGUUAAGCGUUGACGGAACCCAUGUCAGUCGCAUAUCCAGCUAUGUGGUAUUUUCAUUUCGGUUGGUAGACAUGUCGGAUAGCCAUGCUACAGAUGAUAUUAAAACUCUGGCUAUCUUAAACUGCAGAGAAGACUAUAUCAAACUCAAAACUUCGUUACAGCCUUUAUUCGAAGAAAUUAACUCCGUAAUUGAAGAUGGACAUGUGAAUAUAGAUGACAAGACUGUAGCAGUUAAGAUUGUUUUCUGUGCUGACAUGAAGAUGAUCCUGACAAUCCUUGGACUUGGAGGCGUCUCCUGCAAUCACGCCUGCGCUUGGUGUUUGAUGCAUAGAGGUGACAGACACAACAUGGCACACCCAUUGGACUACUUCAACAGCGACGACAUGAAGAGGAACUGGAGACAAAUAACAGACCAUGCUGUGCAAUGUGAGUUCGGGGUUCAACACACUCCUCUCUUGAAAAUUGAGGUGGAGGACUUCAUACUAGAUGAGCUACACCUCCUGCUCCGAAUUACGGAUCUUUUGGAGAAGAACCUGAUUGAUGAGGUAAAGACACGAGAUGAAGAAGAACGAACAACAUCGAGAGAAAAGCCUACACAUAUGGACAAACUUGUAGAGGCCAUCAAAUCCUGUGGAGUAUCGUUUUCAUUUUGGGAGGAAAAAGAAACCAGGAAAUUGAAAUGGACGAGUUUGACUGGUCAAGAAAAGAGAAAACUUCUGGCUAAGCUUCCCCACAAAUUGCAAGGCAAGCUCAAACCAAAUACAGAGGAGAAAGUCCUUAGCCUUUGGUCUUUGUUAUAUGAAAUACAUAGCAAAAUCACAUCCCUGGGGGAUGUGGAUGCGGAGGAAGUGUUUCAUUUAUCCAGAAGUUGGGUACAAACGUUCUUAUCACUUGAUAAACACCUACCAGGAUACAGCGAAAAGAACAUAACUCCCUAUGUUCAUUGCAUGGUGUACCACGUACCCUUUAUGAUACGUAAAUUUGGUACGUUGAGAUCGUUCAGCUGCCAAGCUUUCGAGAAGCGAAAUGAUGUUAUAAAGAAGAUACAUCAACGGAAAUCAAACAAGUGGGACCCCACCGUGGAGGCUCUCCAGAUCUGCAAACGCAUGGAAGAAAGUUCCAAGUCCAAAAGAGACAAACGACAAUACACCAAGCGAAAACCUGAAUAUUGGAACGAGGAGAUCCGACUUAAUCGACAAGCGAAGCGAGCUAAACUGGAUCGCAUAAACAGCCAGCCAGUUGAAGCCGUUGAGCUGGACAGUAUGAGUCGGCCUGAAUUGAGAGACUAUAUACGGGGAAAGGGUGUCAGAACAAAGGCCAACAGUCAGGAAUAUCUUCUGAAGUUGGCAAAGGGACUUGAUACAUAAAUGACGUGUGCUUCGUUGACUUCAAUUUUUUCACACAACUUGAGUGUAUUUGGUUUCUUUUCACAUAGCUUGUAAACGCUUUGAAGUAGGGUGAAGUGAACAUGUGCAUAGUAUCUAUUGACGUAUCAAUUAUGUAAACGAUCCGUUGUUUGCUUGAAUUCGUACUGUGUUCACCAGGCAUAACGUCAUUUGUUGGUCGCUAAGAGUCUUGUAUAUUCAAGAUGUACACUCAGGCUUAACGUAAACCAAUAUAACAGGCAACUAGACUUAUGGAGCAAGUUCACCUGUAGGUGUACACAAUACGUACAAUAGUUAAAGAAAUAACCUAACGCACAUUACAAGUUGUGAUUAUGUCACAGAUGAAUACCCGAAACAAAAUUUGCUCACGUGGGUAUUUGUUAAUGUUUACUCCUUUUGAAAAGACCUGAUUUUAGUUGUUCACUAUAAGUUGUAGCAGGAUAACGAGGCGUACAUUGGGUUUUAUGUGUCCCGCGUUAGCUUUUAUACUACGAGCCGGAGUGAGUGAGUGAGUGAGUGAGUGAGUGAGUGAGUGAGUGAGUGAGUGAGUGAGUGAGUGAGUGAGUGAGUGAGUGAGUGAGUGAGUG